GCGCCAGUAUUCAACCACCCGCGUUACCGAGCGGACCUGUUUCGUAAACGUGUGUUUUUUCCCCAACAGAGGAUCAAUUUACAAAUACGACAGAAUUAUUUCCUGCAUCUGCUUCUUUUGAACGUGCUAUAAGGAACUACGUUAAAAUCGCAGCCAUUUAUCGUCGAAUAUAGAUAAGUUGAUAGACCCCACCCUGUGAGAUCUCAGCAGACAUCUAUAGGCCUGGUUGCUCGUCCAAUGCAUAAUGUCAGUGGCUUCCAGUAAACAUCUCUUGCUUUCAAUUACCAUCUUGCUCUGUCUUUCGACCGACUGCUACGCUGACGAGAAGAUAACGAGCAUCACCCUGGACGACAUCAUGCCAGAGGACAAGAGGCUGUACGACAAGAUGAGGCCUCCGAAGAAGGAAGGGAAGCCCACCAUCGUCUACUUUCACGUCACCGUUAUGGGUAUCGAUUCCAUUAACGAGAAUUCCAUGACCUACGCUGCAGACAUAUUUUUCGCCCAGACUUGGAGCGACCAUAGACUACGCUUACCCGAAAACAUGAAUUCUGAAUACAGGCUCCUCGACCUGGAUUGGCUGAAGAACCUGUGGCGUCCAGACAGCUUCUUCAAGAACGCCAAACAGGUCUCCUUCCAGACGAUGACGAUCCCCAAUCACUACGUGUGGCUAUACCACGACUCCAAAAUCAUGUAUAUGGUGAAGUUGACCCUGACCUUGUCCUGCGCGAUGAACUUCGCCAUUUACCCUCACGACACGCAAGAGUGCAAGUUGCAGAUGGAGAGCUUGUCCCACACGACGGAGGAGCUGAUAUUCGAGUGGGACCCGGACGUGCCCUUGGCCGUGGACGAGAGCAUCGAGCUGCCCCAGCAGGAUAUCAUCAGGAACUACACGUCGGAUUGUUCCCAGGUGUAUCCUACAGGAAACUUCACCUGCCUGGAAGUGAUCUUCACUCUGAAGAGACGCCUGGGAUACUACGUCUUUCACACUUACAUCCCCACUUGCCUUAUCGUCAUCAUGUCUUGGGUCUCGUUCUGGAUCAAACCUGAGAUCGCCCCUGCCCGGGUGACCUUGGGCGUGACCUCUCUCCUGACCCUGUUCACGCAGCAGGCGAAGUCGCAGGCAUCGCUCCCUCCGGUCUCCUACAUCAAGACCAUCGACAUUUUCAUGUCCUCCUGCACAGUAUUCGUGUUCAUGGCACUGAUCGAAUACGCUAUAGUCAACAUCAUUUUGGGUGACGGGUCAGGGGAUGUGGCCAAACCCAAUCCAAAACCGGAGCCCAAGGCGAGUAAGGUCACCGACUUAGCCAUUAAGGAAAGUCGCCGUAUGCUCUUGGGCGAACCGCCCAAGCCGGCCGGACCGACGCCUGCGCAGAAGAGACGAGCAAGAGCCCUGCUCGUCGACCGUAUCUCCCGCUACUUGUUCCCGAUCUCCUUCGCCAUUCUCAACGGCAUUUACUGGUUCAGCUUCAGACAGUACCUCUAGGCAGGUGGACCGCUAGGAUCAUGAGAGCCUUUGAGUUUUAACGAAGUGAUAAUCUAGGAGUUAAGGAAAGGAUGCAAAAUACGAAUGUUUACGAAAGAGGUCCCAUUCGUUUCGUGUAAAUGCAUAGAUAUCAUAUCAACUAGACAAAUCCGCUUUUUUUUCGAUGGAUAUGCCAAUAGCGUUGCAUGUACCAGUUUUGACAGUUUACAGAGAAAUGAUGAAAUUGCGUCAACAAAGCAGAGAGAAAUGUCAUGGUGACGAAAUUCGUGUCAAAGCAUCGUCUACAGUCUUUGUACAAUGUUGCCAAUUAUUAUGUGUUUACCCUCCAAACUGGAUAUAAGACUUACACAAAACCGUGGAAAUAAGUGAAAUUAGCGUAUCUAUUUGUAGUAUAUAUACAUAAAUAGAGCAAUUUUAUCAUUAAUGCAUUACUAUGACAACUAGAAUUCAUGGAAACAGUUUGUAAAGGCAUCGGCGUAUGUGUGAAGCUCCACUAAAUUGGCAACGAUGUCUACAGUUUGAAAUUAGUCUCAGCUCGUCAGUAUUAAGUGGAAUAAAUCUUUCAAGUUCCUUCUUCAAGGAAAUUCGCAAAAUGAUAAUGGCAACUGUUUAGGAAAUAUAUACACAUCAAUUGGACGUAACAAUGAACACUAUAAUCCGUUAACUACAGGUCGUAGAGAACGUAGAAAAAGAUAGCAAUAGCUAAAUAAAUGUCGUAUGAUAGCCCUCGCCUGGGGUGUCACAGAAAAGCUGUUAAUAUUUAGUUGUUAUACCUGUCCAGUUGACAAAUUGACUUUUAUACAGGAAACAGGCAUACUUGUUAUUCUGUAGUGUAGUGGGAAAUUUGUGCAUGUGGGUAAGCAUAUACACAAUGCGAGUGUAAGUGUACGCGUGUAUUUCCGUUAAACAGCAAAGUCUGUUUAAUAUUGAAAAGGAUAUUAUAUUUGACCUCAAGUAUUAUAAAUUAGUUGGAUGGUGGCUCACUGAUGUGGAAAAGGUGUAUAAGCCU